AAGUCGACGAAAACGUAUCAGCCCUUAUGAACAAAAAUCUGAUGGAGUCUUCUCUGUGAAAUUAACAAAAUCAUUAAUUGAAUCAAUUGUACCAAUUUGUUAUGAAGAUCAUCGUAAACAUAUUUUUGAUUUUGUUGUCCUCCUUUGGGAUCUCAAGUAUGGAUUAUUGGAAACAUCCAAAAUAAUAUUUCAGCUGAGAGAUGAAAAUAAUGAUAAUUUGUUCGAAUCAUCCAAACUUUCCGGUAGUCUCCCAGCGUAUCCAUUUAUUCCAA